AUGUCAUCUUUAGAAUGUAUUCAUCGGUUGGAGAUGAAGUCAAGGGAAUUGGGAAAAAUCAAGGGAAGGGAAUUGACUGAUAAAGGGAAAAAUUUUCUUCUAACGCUAACCUUCGAAGAACCAUUUCAUGGUAUCGUCUACAGCGAGAGAGGCUUUCCCAAAUGUGUCUAUGUUAAUGCAUCGGUACUAUCUCAGCAAUAUUACGCUAUUAAGGUGCCACUUGACGGCUGUGAAACAACAAUGAAUGCCGAAGGUAAUCUGGAGAAUACAGUUGUUGUGCAAGAACAAAUAACUUAUUCACAACUGAUUGAUAAGAAAUAUUUAUUAACCUGUAUAGUCACGACUACGAUACCCAGUGCUUUAAAUAAUAUGGCAACGGUGAAUUUUGGCGGUAUAACGAUUGAAAACGACAUUACAACGACUGAUAUUAUAAGUGCUCGCGGUCUAGGUCAAAUACCUCGUUAUAAGGUGCAGUUAGUCCGUGCUGGCCAAAAUAAGCCAAUUGAUAUAAAUACUCCACUCGCUGUUGGUGAUGAAAUAUCAUAUAUUAUUCGAGUACCACGGGUGAAAUCAGAUGCACGUAUCGGUCGUUGUUGGGCAAAAGAUUCGGCUUCAUUUUUGGAAUUGUCUGAUGAUGACGGAUGUAGUCUGCAACUUAAAGGAAACGUUUGGAAUCAAUUUGAGCGACGAGAAGAAGAUGGCGAGCUAAUCUUUCAAAACGAUAUUAAAGCUUGGGCAUUUCCGACAAGGUAA